AUGAUUACCUUCCAUGCACCUACAUGUGAUACUAUACAUGAUGUGUCCAAGGAUGGUGCUUGUAGUGAAAACGUGGAUAAUUCAAAAAAUUCUACUACUAUUAAAAUUAAUGAACCAGAACUGGAAUCAGAUGACGAUGAAACCAUUGCUACGUUUGUAACAUCUACAGGUCAGCAAUUAGCAUUAUAUGCUGUAGAAGACUCGGAUGAAAUUUUUGCAGUUGCUUUAUAUGAUGAAUCUGGCGAACCUCCAAGUAACUUCCAUUUUCUUUUGAAAGCCGACGUUGAAAGAUUAAUUGGUGAAGGUGCUGUAAAGACGGUAAAAAAACCAACUUUACAGCAAAAAAGAGAAUCUAAACCUCUAGAUAAAAAAGAAGAAAUUAUAUAUGAGACGUAUGAGGAAACUAAACGCCGAUAUGAAAAAAUAGAGGAAAUAAAAAAGAAAUCUGACAUUAAAGCGAACAUUGUAGAAGUACCAAAACAUCAAAAACUACAAAAGAAGAAAGUUCAAAAUUUAGAGCGAACAAACACUUAUGUUAUGAAAAGUUCUCGAAACAAAAAUGCAAUAAGACAACCACAUUUGACAAAAACUACUAAAAAAAUUAGUAAUGCUUCUCAUUCCCGUUUCGAUUCAAGAAAGGAAACUAAUAUUGGUUAUACUUCAAAUGAAUCUUACAUUAUUGAUCAUUUUCAAGAUGAUAUAGAUAGUGAUGCAGAGAUAAUAGAACAAUCGACUGUGCAAUAUAUGUUGUGUGAUGGUGAUCAUUCUGAUUCUGAAUUGACCUUUGAUGAGCUUCAAGCUUCACUGCUAAGCUUCAAUACAAGCAAGGCUUCAUUAAAUGCCAGUAAAACAAGAUCUUUAGAAUCGCAAAGUAAUGAAAGGAAAAAGGAUAUUGGCAUAAAAUUUUCUUCUACCUUAAAAAAUAGUCCAAACGCCACGUUAGUAUAUUCUCAGAAGAAAGAGUCUGUAACAGUUUGUCGAACUUACAAAAAUCAAAAAAAAUCACAACUGUCAAAUAAUUUACUUAAAAUACAGAAAAAAGUAAUAAAAGAGGACAUAGAAGAUCCCACGUUGAGCGAUUUUUCUACCUUCGAAGACGGACCAAACUCAUCCGAUGAAUUACCACAAAAUGAUAUGCAGAACUCUUUGAUAGAACCACAUGCGGUGAAAGUGAAAAGAUCUAGAAAACAGCAGUUAACAGUGGUUAAUCGAACUGAUUCAGAAAUUAUUAUUCAACCUGCUUCUGUCUUUUCAGAAGAGGAAGAGGAGCCGGUUGUGACAAAAAAACGAGGCAGAAGAAAAAAGAAACUACUUCCAGAUCCAGAUUAUAAUCCUCGAAAACCUAUUAGACGUACUCGAAGAACUCACCGAUCUGUUGAAGUAAUCGAAAUAGACAUUGACGAGAAUGAUCGAUCUAAUAUUAUGGAGAUAACACUCGAUGGUAAAAAAGGAAAGGGUUCGAGUGAUAAAGAAAACGAUAUUAUUAGUGUGGGUGACUCGGAUGAAAGUGACGAAGAUUUAAAUAAAAAGUCGAAGGACUGUAUCAUGCAGUGUAGUCACUGUAAUCGUAAAUUCCGAAAACGCAGGGCACUGGAAAGGCAUUUGGAAAUUUGCCCAAAAUCGCCAGCAAAUAUUCAGAAAUUGGAAGAAAGAAAGGCAUGUAUGAUAGGGAAAGGAAAAAAAUUCAAGUGUAAAUCUUGUAAUGAGUUUUUCGAUAUUGCUGUGGCAUUGGCAAGACAUGUCAGAGCUGUGCAUUCGCCAAGGAAAAGAGGCAGACCCCCAAAACAUAGUUGGUUGAGAAACGAUUCGGAUUCUAGCGACAUAGAAGAUAGUAUGGACGAGAGUUCACCAGAGCCAGAACGGGAGCCUAGAAGACGAGGCAGACCACGAAUCAAAAGCAGUUUAUCCAAGGAUGAAAGCCCUACUCCAGAUAUUGAGUUGAAGUUAGAUAGCUCCUUCGAAACUUUUACAGAACCUCGUAAAAGAGGCAGACCACCAAAAAAAAAGCCUUCGAAAGAGAGAUCAGCUUCACCUGAAUCGAUGGAAAAAAAUAUAAAUUUAGCAGAACAUAAAAUGCAAUCCAUGGAAAGGCCUAUAAUGGAGUUUAUAUCAGAGCCUCGAAAAAGGGGCAGACCAAGUAAAAAAAGCUUAUCGAAGGAAGGAAGGUCUGUCAGUCCGGAUCUAAAAGAUAAAUCUGAUAUGUUAGACCUUCUUCCUAUUCAAAUACCCAAGAAACGAGGUAGACCUAGCAAACGAAAUCUUUCUAAGGAUGAAAGAUCAACUACUCCAGAAGCGGAGGAAAAGAAUGAAAGCUAUGCCGAGAUAUCUUCAGAACCACGAAAGAGAGGAAGGCCGAGUAAAAGAAGUACUUCUAAGGAUAAGAGAUCAGAAAGUCCAGAAGUGGUGGUAAAAAUUGAAAUAUUGUCAGAAUCCAAUUCAAAUGAUGAUGAAAUGACAACAGAGGUGGAUGAAAAAAAUGAAGAUUCUAUGGAAGCUAUAUCUGAAUUUCGUAAAAAUGUUAAAUUUAAUAAAGAGAAGUUUUUAGUAGAUGAGAAGUCAGUGAUGCCUGAAUCAGAAAUGAAUAUGCAAAACUUGAUUGAAUCAUCGGAUAAAAGUCAGCAAAAAAGUAAAUUAAAUCAAGACAAAUUUUUAAAAGAUGACAUAUCACAAGAUUUAGAGAUAGAAAUAAAGGUUGAGAGUUCAGUAGACUCAUUAGGUGAAACUCGAAAACAAGACAGCCAAAGUACAGAUAUAGCUUUGCAAGAUGAGAGAUCAGUAACUCCAGAAGUUGACGAAAAAGAGAUAACAAGUUUGCAGAAUAUAUUGGUAGAUGAAAAGGAUAAAAUCAAAAUUAAAAAGAAAAUUUUGAGCCCUAAUCGAACAUGGAAAGUGAAGAAAUUGAACUGUGCAGAUUGUGGCAAAUGGUUUUCUAGUGCUGCUGCACUAACUACACAUCGUUUACAGCACAGAACUAAGACAUCUGGCCACCUAGCGCACCGUUGCCCAUUAUGCAAGAAGCUCAUACCUCUGGAAUUAUUUGCCAAGCACCUGACGAUGGCACACGGAAAACCAAUGUCGGAGAGGAGUGGCGAGGGCGGCGGCAGUGGUGGCUUGCGACGUCCCAUCUACCGUCAUAAGAAGUGGGCGGCGCGGACGCUUCGCUCCACGAAUUGAUUCGGACCCGCCGAGAUAUAUUGCUUAUGAUUUUUCGUUUUUUUUCCUUUCAAUAUGCUCGCAUGUAAAAAUGUAUUAUCGAGAAAUCCGUAGAGACGGGUUGUUACGUUAGCUUUGUCGGUGCCUAUCGAGUGGGGUAAUUUUUACGAUUUCAAUUUAUUUUGUACUCGUGUGUGCUUGCAUACGUGUGUGGGUGUAUAUAUAAAUAAAAUUAAAAACAUUGGUUUUUGGACAUUUUGUUAAUAAAAGUGAAGGACUUGUCAAGAUUUUUCUUGAUUAAUAAACGUUGACUGCCAAUGUCUUCGAAAAAUUCUAUCGACGAAUUUUUACUAUACAAUUAUGUCCUUAAGGUCGCAAUCUUGGUUUUAUAUUGAAGGAGUAUGAGAUUCGUUUGAAAAUUUUUA